AUGGGGGCCGAUGUCUUCGAUGUUGGUCAAAUGAUGCCGGUAUAUGUCGUGGAGGGAGGACGUGUAAAGAAGGGUCUCGAGGGCAGUUUGUGGUGGUGGUAG